CAUUUGCCACAACAUUCUCCACACUUUCAUCUGAAGUUUGGAAGAAUUGAUAUUUUGGUAAACAACCCUGGAGUCCUUUGCAUUGGCCCUCUUGCUGAGCUUCCAUUAUCAGCUAUCCAGAAUGCAUUCGACGUCAACGUUUUUGGUGCCAUGAGAAUGAUUCAAGCUGUUGUUCCCCACAUGGCAGCUAGGAAAAAGGGGAAGAUUGUAAACAUUGGAAGUAUUGGUGCUGUUAGCUCUGCACCAUGGACUUCUGUUUACUGUGCAUCUAAAUCUUCUCUUCAUUCACUCACUGAUACCUUGAGAUCGGAACUCCAUCCUUUUGGGAUUCAUGUCACCCUCGUCGCCCCGGGAGCUAUUAAGUCUAACAUAGCAAAUGUCGCGGCCGGCAACUAUAGUCGGAUGCCUGAAUUGAAACUAUACAAGCCAUUUGAAAAUCUUAUCAAGGAGAGAGCAUAUUUUAAAGAACCACCAAAUGCAACGCCCACAGAAAUAUUUGCAAGGAAGACUGUGGCUGUUUUGUUCAAGGACAAGCCCCCAGCUUGGUUUUCUUUCGGUAAGUACUCUACUCUCGUGGAAAUAUAUUCCUGUAUGCCAAAUUUUGUUAAAGACUUUCUUGCAAGGAGAAUGAUGAAAUGAUAAAUGACAUUAUCGAGUUCAUCUUUUUUUACGUGAAAUUUGUACAAGUU